AUGGUACAGGACUCGAUCUCGGGUUGUCCACAGAAUGCAGAAUGCCCCGAGGACCCUGGGUACUCGGUACCUGGUACCUGGUACCAACAUCAGAUCGAUUUCCUCCACAGCGGACCCUUCCACAAACCACCCCAACACACCGAUGACAGAUCAGCUCUUUCACCCCUCACAGGGCAACGCAAGGCACACAUUCCAUCGUCGAGACGCUCGAUCCAGCGAAAAGACAAAGAAAAGGCACAGAAGAGCGACCUCUCACAUUUCCAACGGUCUGGAACCCCAUCUUGCAGAUCAUUCCGAACAAGUCCGGCUGGCCGGCGCAUGGGCCUCUCCGCUGUUCUUUGCUGA